AUGGCGGCGGGACAGCAGCGAGGCUGGGCCUGCUGGGCCGUGGUUGUGGCAAGCCUGGUCGUUACGGUCAGCGCCGAGCCAAACAUGACCGUCAACGAUGGCAACCUGAUGAUUAAUCUUGAUGCUGGUGCCACCAUGGAGGUUCAAAUUGGCAGCGACUCCGCGUGCCGCAUUGAUAGCCUUUGCGAGGAUCUCCAGCUCGAGACCACGACUCGACAGUCGAGUCCAAACGCCCUCACACAAGCGCUAUUUACCCGCCUCAAACCCAGAGCCAACGAGGAGGCGCUAGAAAAUCGCAUCACCAACCUAAUCAACACCACCGUGUAUCCGGAGCUGGCCCGCCUUCAAGCCAACAAGGCUGAUGGAGCUGCUCUUGAGGCCCUGGAGCAUCGUGUCAAGGAAGUGAACGACACCAAGGGCAACGCGGCCGAUAUCACCGCAUUGGAGACUCAACUGGCCGAUUUGAUUUCGCAAACCAUCAACCCUGGCUUGGCCGAUCUGCAAGCGUCAAAGGCCAACGUGACCGACCUUGAAGCCCUCGAGCUCAGUCUGCAACUCCUCAACGUCACCAAAAGCAACGCUGCCGACGUCGAUGCCCUCUCGCAUUUUCUGGCACAAGUCCACGCCUGUCUCACUCAGGUGCCCCCGAGCGCCUACGAUCCCAUUACGGACCGCUGCGUGGAUGAAGGUUUCCUUGAGGCCAACAUCACAGCCCUUGCCGCCAACGUGGCUCAUCUCAUGAACCAAGAAGCCCAGGCUGGCACACACGCCGCCAAGCUUGAGGCUUGCCUCAACAGCUCCCGACCCGGUCGCUACAACCCGACCACAGACUCUUGCGAGCCCCUGGUGCUGGACGCUUGCCCGCCAAGUGCAUGCCCAGCUCCCUCCCGAUGCCGCCUGCAAGCCAUUGGCUACAGCUGUGACUGCCCGCCCAGCACCUACCGCGCUGAGAAUGGCACUUGCUUCGAUUGCGCAAGUGGCACAACCACCCACGAAUGGAACCUUGCUUCCUGUCCGUUGAACCUCCACAAGUGGACCUACUUUUCCACCACGCUGCACUUUGAUGCCCUCAAGGAGGAAUAUGACGACCUGCAUUACGAGUAUGGCUGCUCCUACAAUGGCUUUACCAGCUGCCACUGGACGAGUCCCAACGAGGGCGCGACCAUGCUGAUGGCACAUCCCUUUUACCCACAAGGUGACACACGUACUACCUUGGUCUGGGGUACGACCACUAUCAACCAAGGCUUAUACUUUUCCGAAGCCCAAGGCAAUCGCUGGACCCACUUCUACUAUCAGCUCGAUGACAAUGGCAAUCCCAACUAUCUCGGAAGCAACGGCAUCAGGGAGGAUGUGCGGGUGCACCACCGUCCACUCUACACACCCUGGGAGCGCGUGGGUCGCUUUCAGGAUUUUGAUACGAUUGCCGCGCAAUAUCCACAGGAAGAGUACUGGUGGGGGACUCGCAUCACAGGACAGAUCCAAUACUUGGGGUAUUCCAAGUGGAACACACCGUCCGAAGCCCUGACAGCCUAUCCAUUUCGCAUGUACAGUGGCGACCCGAACAACGUGCAAUAUGUUGCUGACGUGUUCACUCGUAACUCCAGAGACGGCGGCGAUUCGGGUGACGGGUGGAACCACCGAAUUUACCAGCUUCCCAAUCAACAGUUGUACGAAGCCGGUGAGGUCGCGGAGCACUUUCCGUUUUAUGUUCGCAAGCGCCAGAACAGCUGGGUUACUGAUGACGAGUUUACAACGAUGGCCGACUUUGCAAACCUGGCCAACAAGUAUCCCAUCACCGAGUAUGAAAUCGGCGUGGUGGCCAACGGCGCUACACGCCUGAGCAUCUUCACGGGUUGGAACUUGGGACAACGUGUUACAACAUACCCAUUCCACCUCCAGGGCGACAAUGCAGAUGAAAUGUGGCUGGGCACAAGCGUGAUGAGCUACAACGUGCCCUUGAGCAGUGGCACAAUUCCCAAUUAUUGGUAUCAUACGUACUAUGCAGUUGGAGGAGGCAACGACGUUGUGAAGACUAGCAAUGGUGAUGUGAGCACGCGGCCCAUUCGCGUGCGCAAGCGCACCGCACCCUGGGUGCAGAUCGGAACCUUAGCAGACCUUUUUACCUUGUCUGCGUCAUAUCCUCAGGCGGAAUACGACUAUGGCUUGGCCUACAAUGAUCAUGUGCUGCCAAUAACACUCAACGGCUGGAAUUUGGGCACUCGUGCAGCUGUUUAUCCCAUGUACCCAAUCUAUGAUGAUGCCACAGAAUACGAGUUUGGCGCCGCUGUUUUCACGUACAACCUGGCAAAUGAGGUGGACAACAACUGGCGUCACAGCUAUUACACCUUUCCCCGAACGUUUGUCGGCAGCAACAACAAUGCCGGCCUGACACCCUUGUAUGUCCGUCCAACACAGUUUGAUGAGUUGGUCUACGCCUCCUUGGUGUAA